AACUUUUAAGCAAAGCUUAGAGCCGUGAAAGUCAGAAUAAACGUAAAGCGCCUACCGGCUACAGCCAAGCUACAGCUAGCGUCGCGGCUUCCCUCGUAGGAGUUUUGUUGAAUCUCGUCUGCUUACCGGCUCCAGGCAAAGGGAUCGGCUCCAUCCUGCCAGCUGGCUUAGAUCCGGCGGCUAAGCCUCCCCUUUUCCCGCUUCUCCAUUUUUGUAGUCAAUAUUCGAUCCGUUGCAGUUGUUAGCAUCAUGAUUUUAUAAGAUAUACAACACUGUAGGAGAGACUUCUUUCCAUGAGAAAGUGAAAGAUAAACAAUGUCAAUGCUUUACUGCAAAGUUGAUUUGUAGUCAUGCAGCCUUGUUGAGUGUUAGAGAUGGGCUAUUUGCUGGGGACAGAGGUGGAAUGGUAGCAGCCUUGUUAGAUAGAGCGUAAAUCUGUGAUGAAUAUGGGAAUUAUUCCAAACAUAGAUUCAGUUAACGUGUCGUUGAGUUCUUUAGAGAAAGAAAAUGAUGUUCCAUCAUCAAAACCACGGAAGAAAACUAUGACAUCAAUAUACCUCAAAUAUUUUGAGACUGCUCCAGAUGGGAAGAGUCGCAGGUGCAAGUUUUGUGGACAGACCUAUUCCAUUGCAACAGCAACAGGAUGCUCGGACAGGGAAGAUCAUUGGGCGUGGUACUGAACGAGGUGGCCUAUACUAUGUUGAUGCGGUAAUUCAAAAAGGUGGUGCAAUGCUUGCUCAUGGAUCUCCUGCUCACCAAUUGCGAACUUGGCAUCGGCGUUUGGGUCACCCAUCCUUAGGAAAUCUGGGAAGACAUCUUGGUAGUCGACAUCCUGGUUACAAUAAUCCUGACGAACCUGUCCCAAGUGCUGCUCCGCAGAACAAUUCCAGUGUUUUAAAAAAGCACCAUUCUGAAGUCAAAGCACCGACAUUAGAUCUUGAACACCUGAAUUGGCUGCUUACUAAGUGGCUAUCUUCAUCUUCUUUAACUCCCUCAAUCUUAGAGGACACCUGGCUGUUGAACGCCUUCAAAUUUUCCAACCCUUCCGUGCAGAUAUGGUCUAAAGUGAAGGUUGAGGGUGUUUUAUGUGAGGUCUUUAGGAGUAUGCAAGAAGAUGUUCUUAUCACUUUGCAACAAGUGUCCUCUAAGGUUGCUGUUGCACUUGAGUUCUGGACUUCUUAUGAACAAAUUUAUUAUAUGAGUGUUACAUGCCAUUGGAUUGAUGACAGCUGGAGUUUCCAAAAGGUUCUUCUCGAUAUUUGCCGCAUACCUUAUCCGUGUGGUGGUGCUGAGAUUUAUCAUGCUUUGGUCAAGGUCUUAAAGAUGUGUAAUAUUGAUGGAAAACUCUUGGCUUGCACACAUGAUAAUAGCCAGAGUGCGAUGCAUGCAUGCCACAAACUUAAAGAAGAUAUGGAUGCUCAUAAGGUGGGACCUUUCUGCUAUAUCCCCUGUGCAGCUCAGACACUAAACAUGGUGAUAGAAGAUGGUUUAAGAACCACAAAACAAAUAAUCUCUAAAGUUAGGGAGUUUGUUAUAGAGAUGAAUGCUUCCCCUGUAAUAAUGGAGGAUUUUAUGCAAUUAACAACAGCUUAUCAAGAAGGCAUCUGGAGAUUCCCCCUGGACACUUCAGCUCGUUGGAAUGGACAUUAUCAGAUGAUUGACAUCGUUCGCAAGGCAAGCAAAUCAAUGGACGGGGUUGUAUUAAAGCAUGAAGAUUCACUAGGUAACGAAAUGCUGCUGAAUUCCGCCGAGAAAAAUGCCGUUACUCUUGUGCAUGGAUACCUGGAAGCCUUCUAUAAGACCACAAACGACAUAUGUGCAAACAAUGCUCCCACCGUAGGCCUAGUAUUAUUUUUCAUGGAUCAUAUUUCUGAAACGAUUGCAGCGUGCAAAGAUUCGUGCCACUAUCCGGAUUGGCUAAAGAGUGCAGCCGAGGAAAUGUUUCUGAAAUGCAGCAGUUACCAUGAUCAGGUUUCUAAUAUAUUUACUUACAUGGCUGCAAUUCUCGAUCCUCGUAUCAAAGUAGAACUCAUUCCAGACAUUCUGAACUCGGAAAACAAUUUGGAGGAGGCGAGAAACCAUUUCCUUAGAAAUUACUCGACAAAUCACUUUUCGUCUAUGAACAACUUAUAUGGUGCCUCAGAGAACGAAGAAAGUGGUGGCCUAUCGUUUGCAGAGGAAAUUGCCCGAAAAAAACGAAGGGCAAGCAUGACUGCUGUAACUGACGAGCUUACUCAAUAUCUGUCGGAGCCUCCAGCUCCGAUAACAACAGAUAUUUUGGAAUGGUGGAAAGUGAGUGGUGCACGUUAUCCACAACUGUCCCUUAUGGCCCGAGACUUCUUGUCCAUGCAGGCAACUUCUGUGGCACCGGAAGAAUUGUUUUCGAGCAAAGCAGACGAGGUGGACAGACAACGGUUUGGUUUGUCGAUUUCAACUGCACAGUCUUUACUUUGCGUGAAGUCAUGGACUGACGCUGGGAUCGCGUUGAAAUACAGAUCGACUGAAAUCGACUGUCAAAGGAUUAUGGAAUUGGCUGCUGAAACAACUGUCAAAAACAAUACGAGUUCGGACAAGAAACAAAGAUUACAGAGUAUCUAAAUAACACAAGCUCAAAUGUUUUCUCCAGUCGAUCAUAUACUGGUAACUGGUGAAUGAUAACUGGUAAACGACAACUGGUAAUUGGUAAAAUGUUGUAAGAAAGCUUGAUAUACUGCAUUGAUGUAUAUACAUAAUAGAAAUGGUAUUUAACAAUCUAUUACUCCAAA